AUGCUCUCCACCGUGGAUGGCCAGAGCGGAGGAAGCAACGGAGGAGGGAACAGUGCAGCGCGCAGCACUGGCAAUGGGCUGCUGGGGAAUCCUGCUGGAGGCAGUGGCGGCACGUUGGGAGGCGGCAGCACAAGGUCCUUCAGCACCCUGGGGGGAACCACUGGCGGUGUCACCUCUGUGCAAGGAGGCACCACUGGUGGCAGUCGCAUUGGCCCCAUCCCGCAGGGAGAGGUGUCGACCAUCAGGACGUCCAGUCAGUUCAGCGCUGCUCAAAACGGCGUGCUGGGUGGCGGAGGGAACAGCAACGCCGGCGGCGGUGUGCUCGGGGGUGGCAACACGAAUGGCGGGGGAAAUGACAAUAAUAGCGGUGGCGGCAAUGACAACAACAAUGGCAGCAACAACGAUAGCGGCAACAGCAAUAACAACAACGAUGGGCAGCGGAGCCGCUCCCUUGAUUCCAGGGGUGGAUAUGUCUACAACAACAGGUACUGGUGGAGGGGCGGCUACUGGGAUGGAGCCUGCUACGCAUGUGGAAUCUGGCGCAGUGAUAAUGCCGGCUAUCCCACCUGCCCUGCCUGCCAGUACUUUGACCCAGAUCAGCGCCUAUGCAUCACCGUCCAAGACUGCCCCAACACCUGA